AUGUAUAUCGCCAAUACACUCUCGCUACUCCUGGCUUCUGCCGCGUUCGCUGCUGCGCGGGGAGAACAAGAACAAGCGCAGGCGCUCCGGGCCCCGAUCCUGGCGAGUAGGGAGUUCACGCCUAUCGAGGAGGCCGGUCUGGAGAGGAGAGGUACAUGUCCUGAUGGUGGACAGUGUUUUCUUGGACAGUGUUGUGGGACUGGAUGUUCGCCGAAUUGUUGCGCCCAUGAUAACGGCGGAAUCGGCUGUAACCUUGCCGAACGCUGUCAGUUCGACGGCAACGUCUUCGUCGGAUGCUGCAAUGGCUUCAUGGGACGCUGCACCGGCGAAGCAACACGAGUAACCGUCCACACCCCAGCGGACAGCACAAUGUUCAACACCGGCGCCCCCGCAACCUCAGACGCAACUACAACCACUGGAGGCGCGGGCCCCACGACAGCCGAAUCCCCCGGUCUUCCUACAUCCGAAUCCGAUUCAAGCUCCAGCUCCAGCGCAGACUCGACCUCUCGGUCUGCGACUUCGCCCACGACAUCGGCCCAGGCAACUCGGUCUACGGCCGGUUCUAGUUCCAGAUCCGCUUCGAGCUCUUCCAGUGCAAAUGAUAGUGCCGGUACGACUGCUUCGUCUACGAGCGCUGCGCAGGGCGGAGAGACGGGUACAGUUAAUGCUGCGCCUGCUAUUACGGGUUAUAUGGGCUUGGAGCUGGGGGCUGUUGCUGUGGGGGCUUUGUUGGCUUUGUAG